AUGGCAUCCGCUCCUGCUACGUCCACGGUGGAUCAGAAGAAUGACAGGCCGUCUUUUGCCAAGGUAUGCCGGGACUCACGCACUACGCGCACACAACAGCGAGCACUCGAGCUGACUCCCGAGAAGAUCGCCGCAGCCGGAAUCAAGCCGCCGAACGCGCAGCAACAGAAUCCGAACAUCACAUCAAACAGCAAACAGAAACACGAAAUACCUUCCUCGCCGCGAGACGGCGCCACAGUUGUCACUCCUUCCAGCAGCAAUGGUCAGCAGAAUUUUGCGCCUCAGCAGAAGAAACUCGUACAGCUAGCUUCGAAAGAGCAUCAAGAUCCGGUUGAGUCGGAUACAAACGGGCCGGAAGUGCGCGUUCAGAUCGUGGAGUCUGUUCCUCGGCGGACAGAGGAGAACGCACCGGAGGGCCUGCUUGCGCCAGCUGCGGAUGAUGCAGGCACGCAAGUGUCAUCAUCGAGCGACUCGAAUAAGCCGCAAAGCCUCGAUGGCAAGAGCGUAGCUUCUGGGACCACGUUCGCCCUUGACGAGAAGGACUCACUUCGUCCUGAUGACAGCGCCAGUGUCAAGGCUGGAGAUGAGGACGACAUGCUUUCACCUCCCGGAUCCGGACUACCCGGGUCUCGCAUCGGCUCUGACGACGGCGUUCGUGCAUUCCGUGACCAGCUACGUGAGAUCUCUGCCAUGGAACCUCAGAGACGCCCUGGACCACCACUUGUCUUUGGAAACGCACCGAAGGGAGUUCUGUACGUCCCCCCUCAAGGCCCAGGAGUUGGUGCUGUUCCCAACAUUGCACGCAGUCAGCCUGUCGACGCUCCGAGCGUUGAUAUUCCGCCCGACCAGAAGCUGCUCGAAGCCUUGGAGAAUCCUCGGGAUCGAGUUUGGGUGCUGAAACUGGAGCAAGAUGUGAUUGACUUUGUGAAGGAUCCAAAGGAAGUAUCGCUGACUCUCCCACAAUGCCAUUCUUUCUAUCGUUUGUUGGCACACAAGAUGGCCGACUAUUACAUGUUGGGUCACUUGGUUGAUGAUACAUCCGCGGCCGUGAAGCUGUUCAAGACUCCGAGCUCUCGAAUACCUCCGCCCUUGACCGGGAUCACAGCGCCGUCUACUGCUGCCAGCACACCGCCGCCUUCUGCUCCGCAGAUGAAGAUCUUGCGGCGUGGCGUGGAUCGAACUGGACCAGCGCUUGCGAACGGGUUCCGUUCAAAGGAGGGUUCCGAGAACGGUGACAGUGGAGAGGACGACAAGAAACUAAAGGCGCCUGUCUCCCGUGAAGAGAGGGAGGCGAGAUAUGAGGCUGCGCGUCUCCGCAUUAUGGGAUCUGCAAAGCCCACUGAGUCGCCCGAGGGACCGAAAGAAAAGCAAGACUCGAGGUCAAGUUCAGCAACCGGUAAGAAGAACAUGAAGAAGCAGCGCGCCGACAGCGAUGACGGUUUCGAGGCUCGUUCGGCUUACAGCAAUUACUUCACGUCUUCGUAUGCUUCUGAUCAACAGCCAUCCUCAGGUUAUGGCUAUCCAGAUUACAGCAGUAGCGCAAGUGGCCAGCUCGCCUCCGUUUAUGGCCAGCAGAACCAUCCCGGCAGCAUGUCCCAUAUGACGACGCCGACUUCCGCACACGCACCGUGGAGUCAAUCUUAUCAGCCCAUGGAUCCGACCCAAGCCUGGGCACAAGGGCAGUCUGGCGCCUACGAUAUGUCUGCAGACUUUCAGCGCAUGUCUUUCCAGAAUCAAAUGCCUUCGCAGAAUUCGAACGUCGGCUGGAGCAGCAAUUACGGGCAACAAUACUACGGAGCACAGCAGAGCUGGCCGCAACAACAGCAUCAGAUGCCAGCGCAGAUGGCACACGGAGGUUAUGGCUACGGUCAAGUCUAUCCGUCGACUGCCGCUUCCCCGCCGCAGCACGAGCAGCCUUAUGCGUACGGUCAGUUACCCAGCCAAGCAUUUCCCGGACGUCCGCCCACCAACAACGAGCAUCCACUGCCCGGCAGCUACAAGGGUAAGCACUUCAACCCGCAGAGCCAGACCUUCAUACCAGGUCAAGCAAGUAGCCGGCCGUUCACACCUCAAGCAGCGCCUGUUGGCAAUUACGGGUCCGCAUUCGCCCCUCCUGCUCAGCUUCAGCGGCAGGGCUCAUCACAAUCGCAUGGCUCUGUCUUUGGCUCACCGCACCACACUCCGCCGCACGCGAUGAGCAAUCGAGCACCGAGCCAACCGAUGACACAUCCACUCCCUCAAGGCCCUGUCUUCCCUCGACAGCCUUCUCCGAGCGUACCUCUCCCGCCGAAACCAGGCACCACACCGCAGCGGCAGAACGAUUGGCAGCAGCAGCAGCCCCCAUCCGCCGGACCGAGCCCACAGACGGCACAGAACAAGAGUCUCCUUGCAAAGUGGGGUGCUCCUGCUUCGUUACCGGCAAAGCCGCCACCACCCUCAUCAUCCUCUGACGGGUUCGACGGCGCUAAGUUCGUCACCCACACUCCACGUCAGCCGUAUGCGUAUCCGGCCGCGGCGACGAGACAGCCUGGGGGAUCUGGCGGCAGUAGCAGUGGUGGUGGAUAUCCCACAUUUGGAUCGAUGCCUCCCUCGGGUGCUGCACAGGUUAUGAAUGGAUCGGGCGGGUAUGGUGGCAAGAGAGCGUGA